AUGUCCGCCCACAAGGCGUCGCCGUCGGCGCCAACAUCACCAGAGGUACCCCGCCCCAGCUCAAGCGUCAUGAUCCUCUCACCGGUCAACCAGCUCCUCCUCCUGCAUCGCGUACGCACAUCCAGGGCAUUUGCAUCGGCGCACGUCUUCCCCGGCGGCGCGCUCUCGGAAUACCACGAGCGUGUGCCCCCUGUCGACGCGCCGGACAGACAUCGAGACAGCGAGACGUACCGCCUUGCGGCUGUGCGCGAGGCCUUUGAAGAGAGCGGGAUCCUCCUUGCGCGCAGGAAGGGCGAGGCUGGUUCCAGCCUGCUCGCGCUAGCCCCCGAUGUAAAGGAGGCAGGACGCAAGGCCAUCCACAAUGACAAGAUCCGCUUUACAGACUGGCUCGACUCUGUCGACGCCGAGCCUGAUCUCGAUGGCUUGGUCCCCUUUACGCGCUGGAUCACGCCUCCGUCCUCUCCCCGGCGGUUCAGCGUGCAGAUGUACGUGUACAUGCUGCCGCUCGACGCGGCGCCGUCGACAUACGACGCGGCGCACGACGGCGGGCUGGAACACACCUCGGCCGAGUGGGACAAUGUGUCCGUGUGGGCCGAGCGAGCGCGUACGGGCGACAUGAUCGCGUACGAGCCCCAAGUGUUCCUCCUGGCCAUGCUCGCCCGCUACCUCACAGGUCCGGGCGACUACGCUGCCCAGCGCGCGGCGCUGCUCGAGUUCAUCUACCAGAUGCCCACCGGCACGUCGUCGCAUCCCACAGCACGGAUCAGCUGGGCAGACAAGGUCAUGGGCCCAUACUACCUUCCCAUCAGCAGACAGGACGGCCGCAUGGCGCUCGCGCUCGAGGAGCCAGGACCAGAACUCGAGGGCUCGGACCGUGGAGGCGACUAUGAUCGGGUAGUCCUCGUCAACAACGGGGACGGGGGUCCAAGACACUCAGAGGUGCGAUGGAGGGAUGAGGUGCUAGCAGAGGAUGAUAGUGACAGAGUGGGUAAGCUAUAA